GCGGGGCCGUCGGACUCCGCAGCGCCGCGCAGGCGCGCCAGAGCCUCGCCUAGAGGAGCCCCUCCUGCUGCCUGUCGGAGUCAAAAUGGCGGCGGGGGGGACCAGGAGCCGUCCCGGACCCUGAGGCGCUGAGAGGAGAGCAGAGGCCGCGGCGGCGGCUGGAGGAGGAUGGCCGCGGGGGCUGGCGCCGGUGCGGACGGCGGUGCUGGCGGCGGCGGCGGCGGCGGCGGUGGCAGCAGUCCCGGCAACGGCAGCAGCAGCGGCGGGAGGAGCUUCCGAGGCUGUGAGGAUAUUAUUGCUGAGAGCAUCUCAUUAGAUACCUUAAUUGCCAUCCUCAAGUGGAGCUCGCAUCCAUAUGGCUCUAAGUGGGUGCACCGACAAGCUCUGCAUUUCCUCUGUGAGGAAUUAUCCCAGGUCAUGACUUCGGAUGUUUUUUAUGAACUCAGCAAAGACCAUCUGCUUACUGCUAUCCAGUCUGACUACCUACAGGCAAGUGAACAAGAUAUCCUUAAAUAUCUGAUUAAAUGGGGAGAGCAUCAGUUGAUGAAAAGAAUAGCAGACAGAGAGCCAAACUUACUAAGUGGCACUGCACAUAGUGUGAACAAACGAGGUGUGAAAAGACGAGACCUGGACAUCGAAGAACUUAGAGAAAUCCUUUCCUCUCUUUUACCUUUUGUGCGAAUUGAACACAUCUUACCUAUAAACAGUGAAGUCUUAAGUGAUGCUAUGAAAAGAGGCUUGAUUAGUACUCCCCCAUCAGAUAUGCUUCCUACGACAGAAGGAGGAAAAUCAAAUGCCUGGUUGCGGCAAAAAAAUGCUGGCAUAUACGUUCGUCCUCGCCUAUUUUCUCCCUAUGUGGAAGAAGCAAAGUCAGUGCUGGACGAGAUGAUGGUGGAACAAACAGACCUGGUGCGACUGCGAAUGGUUCGAAUGUCCAAUGUGCCAGACACACUUUACAUGGUUAGCAAUGCUGUGCCACAGUGUUGCCACAUGAUCAGCCACCAGCAGAUCAGCAGUAACCAAUCAAGCCCUCCCUCAGUUGUAGCCAAUGAAAUUCCAGUUCCUCGUCUCCUCAUUAUGAAAGACAUGGUGAGGCGCCUGCAGGAGCUGCGGCACACAGAGCAGGUGCAGAGAGCCUAUGCACUGAAUUGUGGCGAGGGUGCCACUGUCAGCUAUGAGAUCCAGAUUCGAGUGCUGAGAGAAUUUGGCCUUGCAGAUGCUGCUGCAGAGCUCUUGCAGAAUCCUCACAAGUUCUUUCCUGAUGAACGUUUUGGGGAUGAAAGUCCUCUCUUGACAGUGAGACAGUCUGGGAGAUGUCGUGUUAACAGUACCCCUGCUGCAGAAACCAUGUUUACAGACCUGGACUCUUUUGUGGCCUUCCAUCCACCUUUGCCCCCUCCGCCCCCUCCCUACCACCCUCCUGCUACGCCAAUCCAUAACCAGCUCAAAGCAGGCUGGAAACAAAGGCCUCCCACUCAGCACCCUUCCCGUUCAUUUUCCUACCCCUGUAAUCAUUCGAGGUUUCACUCCAGGACAGCUCCUAAACUCGGCCCUCCCCCAGCCUAUUUGCCAAGUGUUAAAGCAGCACCUCCCGACUGUACCAACACCACAGGACUGGGGAGACAGACGGUCGCUGCUGCUGCUGCUGCCGCUGCUGCUGCCUCAGCAGCAAUAGCAUCUGAGAAGCAAAUGGGUACACAGCCUGUGCUAAAUGAUCUGAUGCCAGAUAUUGCCAUGGGGGUGUCCACACUGUCACUCAAGGACAGACGGCUCCCAGAGCUUGCUACAGACACAGAAUUAAGCCAGCCGGUUUCUGAAGCAGGACCCGGGCCUCCUCAGCAUCUUUCAUGUAUUCCACAGAGACAUACACACACGUCUCGAAAAAAACACACACUAGAGCAAAAACCAGAUGCUAGAGAAAAUCAGCAAGAAUACCCAGAUUUCUAUGACUUCUCAAAUGCUGCUUGCAGACCAUCCACUCCUGCACCUGGCAGACGUACCCCUUCUCCUUCACAAGGUAGAUAUUUUGGUCCGGACUUGUACAGCCACAAUAAGCCUUCAUCAAAUGGCUUUAAGUCAGCUUACCUACCUGGUCAGACCUCUCCUAAAAACCAGGAAGAUGCUAGGAGAGAAUGUUCACUUUCUUCUGAUGGGUUUCUCCACAAACAGAGGAGCGAACCAAUACGCCUGGAUGUUGUCGAGCAGCCUCCCCAGCGGUCAGACUUUCCUUCAGCAACCUCAGAAAAUGCCAGUAAUGGUCCAGCCCAUGUUAGGGCACGAACUACAGGAGAAACUGACUUGACUUUUGGGCUGACUUCUAAUAGACCUUCUUCCCAUUCUGCAUGUAGCUCUGAAGCUCUAGAAGAACGAUCCAGUAGAAGACUGACUGACAGUGAGUCCCUGGGCCACGGAGUGCAGAGAAACACAGAUCUGGAAAGGGACGAUUCCAUAAGCAGAGGAAGGAGGUCCCCAAGCAAGCCAGACUUCCUCUACAAAAAGUCUGCCCUCUGAAAGCAGCCUCCAUGUUGUCUGUGCCUGAGAUGUGAGACAUCCUAUUUAUGAUGUAACCCAACAACUUACUGACCAGUUUAUCGAUGCCAGCUUAGUUUCACAUUUUAUUCCAGUUUGUGUGUGUGUAUGUUUAUAACACAUGGCAUGCUAAGACGGUUAUUUUGAAUGCUGCAUCUGUCCAUUUUGUGUUUCAACAAUUUGUGGGGAAGCAUUUUAAAGCGAGCAAGCUGGCACUUUUUUCUUCUCUUUACAAAUGAUGGAAUUUUUUUUGCACUUGUACAUUUAUUUGUAUUGAUUUUAUAGCAGUAUGUUAAACUUUAUUGCCACAUUUAAAGGACUGUAUUUUCAUACUUUUUUGCAUUUUACCUUCAUCUACCAGUUUCCAUGUGCAUUGGAUUGCACACUAAGAUGUAUUUUCUUACAAAAUAGUUCUGUUUAUUUUUUAAUUAUAGAAAUUCCAAAGAACAGCACAUCAAAAUGCUCCUCUCCUUUCAGUGAUUGUUUCAGUUCAGAAAUCUUCCUGCUCAGUCUCCAUAAAUCUGAUCUUGUUCCUUUUUGUCUUGGAAGCCGGUCUUUAUCCCCUAUAGCAGGAGUCCAAUAGAGGUCUUGAAGUUUUUGGAUUCAGUAAAGACCAGGAAGGAAAAAAAGCCUUGGUGCCCAGCCUGCUGCUGUAUAUUUCACAGUGUGGGUGUUGUCAGGACUCCUGCAGAUUCUGGAGGGUGGAGUAGAAUUACUCUCUCCAAGACAUCCUAAGGAAAUUAUAUACUUUAGGAUUAGAAAGGAUUAGAGCUGGGUAUGGAUACCCACACCUGUGAUCCCAGCACUUGGGAAGUAGUAACAAGAGGACAAGAACUUCAAGGUCAACCUUGGUACAUAGUGAGUUCAAGACCAGACUGGUUACAUGAGACCCUGCCUCAAGAAAGAGCACACUGAUGGGGUACCUGGCUCUGUGUAUGACUCACUGCUGGGGACAAGACUACCUUCAGUUGUCUUGCAUUGUGUGGGAAAAACAAAAGGGCUUCAGUCUUAUAUCAUUUGGUAUUUGUAAACACGUUUUCCAAGUAGAUGUCUGGAUCUUGGUGUCCUAUACAAAGUUGUUGUAUGAUGCAUAACACUUUAUCACCAAAAAACAUUCGUUUUCAGUAAAACACUACAUGUCCUACUUGAACUCCACUGGAGACGCUGGUUUGGCAUCUACUGAACCACUGAGCACAUGGGGUCUUUCCUGAUCCUUUCCCCUGGAAGGGCAAUGUGUAAGCUAAGAACUGUUUUUCUUAGUCUCCAAUGUAAAUAUAUUAGAACUUGAGUUUUUAAAUCACUUCAGCAUUAUUUGAACAUUUACUUUGUAUUUUUAUAAACAUAUACACACAGCCG